AUGCGGGGUGGAACCAGAAUCGCUAUUCUCUCUUUUGUUUUACUCUUGGAGGUGACCUUGGUAUGGAGUCAGGCUCUGUCACCAAAUCUGCCCAGUCGGUACGAGCGAAAGGAGUACGGUGAGCUGUUUCGGGGAGUCAACCUAUGCGCCUAUAAACAGGUGCUCCAGCCUAAUGGAACAACGGUUUUGGCUUGGAUUUGCGGCCUUGUCGAUGCUAAAAGCAAGCAGAUCACCUACGAUUGCUGUCCCGGCUAUAAGAGAACCCCAUUAGUUAAUAAUGAAUGUGUUGAAAAGAGUGCUACCUACAUGCCAAUCAUUCCGACACUCCUGGACAUGGGGAAGAUUGAGACAGCCGACAUUUUCCAAAAGGUUGAGCCAGCUCUUGACCUGAAAACAGGAAAGGAUUUCACUGUUUUUGUACCACAAACGGAUUCAGCCACGCAAACUAUCUUAGAGAGAGAUAUCAAGUCACUUGUUGUUGACGGACGCCACUAUUCUGGGGACUUUGCUAAUGGAGCAACCAUUAUGGCAAAGAAUGGCUACCCACUGAAAUUUUCAACCUAUCCCAAUGGAUUAGUUUUUGUGGAAUGCCAGCUCUUGAUGAAACCGGACUUCGAAACAUCCAACGGUCUUAUUCAUGUGACCAGCAGCCCAAUUGAUGCGUCUGAAAAAUAUGGCUCAGUACUUCAGCGGCUGCAAAGUGACCCAGACCUGUCAGCGUUUGUAGCAGAUAUUCCCUCAGACCUUCGGAGUCAACUCAGUUCUGCUAAUAGCAAGGAGAGAUUCACAGUGUUUGCGCCAAACAAUAACGCUUGGAGAUCAGCUAAAUAUGGCAUUAAUGAUGCACAGGGUGUGAACGAUCUAGUAAGGCAGCAUGUACUUGACGGACUCACGUGUGGUCUGUCACUUGACCCACAAAAGCGACGAUUGGGUCCGUCAAAAUUGAACACGUACGUUCGUGGUAUGGAACAGCCAGACGGGACAAGAGCACUUGAGGAUGCUUGCGGGAAUAGGGUCACCUUCCAAAAAAUGGACAUGAUGGCAGGCAAUGGGGUAGUGCACAAGUUCAACAGCGCUUUGCAAAGCCCUGGAUCGAUGGAUUUCCGUGGUGUUCUAAACUGCCUGGCCAAUGGCCCGGACUCGAAUUUGAAAGAGGCCGCUCGGCAAAUGGCUAGUUGUGGCAUCGAAGUACAGCCGGGUGAUGACACCGUGGUCCUUCUUCCUACCACCGAUGCUCUUCGUGAAGCUUCAGGUAUGCUCUCACGCCACCCCUGCAAUGUCUACCAAAACCACGUUCUCACAUCGAGAGAAUGCAAAAUGAAAAACGGCAACGGAAUUGGUGUCCCCCAAGAGUGCCUUUUCACCACAAAGUACACUAGUCCCGAUGGCCGUCAUCCAACUGUAACGAAUCAAUACAUUCCCACAAGGGAGGGUAGUAAGUUACAUUUUGGAAAAGCAGAGACCACAGGAACGAGGCCAAUUCCCUUCAGAGGUGGUGUAAUCUAUCCGGUAUCGUCACUCAAUCCGCCUCCAACACAAACCAUGAUCGAAGUAAUUAGAUCAAAUCCCGAUCUGAGGUCAACCUUUGAGAAGAUGCAGAAGGCCGAUUUCCCGAGGAUCCUUAACGGAAAGUCACCAAACGUAGUCUUUUUUGCUCCACUGAAUCAUGGGUGGAUAACUCGAAACUCGGAGAACGCCUAUGGACAAGAUCAGCUUAGAAAGCUUUUUGAAAUGCAUACCAUCCCGCAUCAGCUGAUCACCGGUAGAAAUGGCAAUAUCGAACCAGAAACCGUACAGACAUUGAGAGCUCUUUCGGGGACGGACAUCAGGAUCAAGAGAACACUAGACGGAAGCACUUACAUUGGGCAUGAUGACCUCGAUCCCAACCACUGGGCACUGGCAAUUGGAGAUCCGGUAGUUGCAAGUGAUGGAAUAGUUUGGGUUGUGGAUUGGCCUCUCGUCUGCAACCACUGCUAG